GUGCGAGACCGAGACCAGCGGGAGAGCACCGCCCGCCCGCCCGCCCGGCCACCCACCGCGACCCGGAGAGGAGAGGAGCCGAGGCCGAGGCUCCUCCGGCGACGACCCGUUCCCAGAUUAACCGGAGCCCACAUCUGGGAGUGGGGCGGGAAGAAUCCUAUAUAUAUAUAUAUAUAUAUAUUUAGAAAGAAGGCACCCAGAUCAGCAAUCAGGAUGACUAACGAAGAACCUCUCCCAAAGAAGGUUCGCUUAAAUGAAUCUGACUUCAAGACCCUGACCAGAGAAGAAUUAUGUUCCAGGUGGAAACAACAAGAAGUCUAUGUGCAUGCACUAGAGACCAAGUACACAGAACUUGGCUCAAAUGAUGUGAGUGGGCUGAGAGAGUCUGAAGAAAAGCUGAAGCAACAACAACACGAGUCUGCUAGAAGGGAGAACAUCCUAGUUAUGAGACUAGCCACCAAGGAGCAGGAAAUGCAGGAGUGCACUAACCAGAUCCAGUAUCUCAAGCAAGUUCAACUGCCCAGUGCUGCUCAACUUCGAUCCACCUUGGUUGAUCCUGCCAUUAACUUGUUUUUCCUUAAAAUGAAGACUGAACUGGAACAGACUAAAGACAAACUGGAACAAGCCCAAAAUGAACUGAGUGCCUGGAAGUUUACACCUGAUAGCCAAACAGGGAAAAAGCUGAUGGCCAAAUGUCGGAUGUUAAUUCAGGAAAACCAGGAACUGGGGAGGCAGCUGUCCCAGGGGCGCAUCGCACAGCUAGAGGCUGAAUUAGCUUUACAGAAAAAAUACAGCGAGGAGCUCAAAAGCAGUCAAGAUGAGCUGAAUGAUUUCAUCAUCCAGCUUGACGAGGAGGUGGAAGGGAUGCAAAGUACCAUCCUGGUUCUGCAGCAGCAGCUGAAGGAGACGCGCCAGCAGUUGGCUCAGCUUCAGGGACAACAGCACCACCUGGUGUUAACCCCUGGUACCAGCAGGACUCCAGCCCCUGAGCCUUCUGCAACAGGUGAGGCCAUUAUUAAAGACUGCAGCCGGCUGGUGAAUGGACCAACCAACGGUGACUCAUCUCCACAAAGGCGAGCAGCAGCUACCUACCAAGAUAAAGCCAGCCUUUACAGAGAAGGAAGCAGCACAGAGGACGAUUUCCCAUCUUCUCCAGGCAGUGGGAAUAAGCUUUCCAACCACAGUGAAGAAAGGCUGGACCGAGCAGGCAGCAGUAACAUGUAUCAGCUAGGUGCUGGUUAUGAGAGUGUAGACUCCCCCACUGGUAGUGAGAACUCUCUUACUCAGCAUUCAAAUGACACAGACUCCAUCAAUGACCCUCAGGAAGAUAAACCACUUGUUGUGAAAGGUACCAGAACUAUGGGUUCCCGCCAUGUUCAGAAUGGUUUGGACUCUGUCAGCACACAGGGGUCAGUUUUGUAACACUUAACAGGUUUUGUCUGCAGUUUUUUUUAUAUAGUGUCAUUUCAUUUGGCUGAUGGCUGUCCAGUGACUUGGAGCUAGUGUGUAAUUUUGUUUAAAAUUCAGCCUUUUUGUGUUUUUGCUUUCUUGUAAAACUGUUGCUACUGUUCAAAUUUUUUAAAAACAUCAUAAUUGCGUUGGCCGUUGCUAAAAGGAUGUUGAUACAUGUAGACCUCAGUUAUUUUUAUAUGAUUUAAUCUGAAUAAAAUGUAUUACUACACGUUUAACAUUGAAACCGUGUAAAACAGUAAAUCUGUGUACAUCUAGGACUCCAGUAAAACACUGUUUGUAGGCAUCUUACUGUGACCCUGUCAUGCAGUCCUGCAACUUAUGAAAGUUGCAUCAGUAUGUGUGUGAUAAUGUAAGCUUGCCAAAUGCAGUAGUUAUUUUCCAAAGCGAGUUUGGAUGUUGUACUUGCCAUAUUCAGGUUUGGGGAGUUGCUGUAGUUUGUUUUAACUACAGUGACUUUUUCGCCACGCAUAUGUGUAAAUUUUCCCCAGUAACAGACUGUGUUAACGAAUAGUAUAAAUUGUUACCCAGUUUCUAGGAAGAGUUGUUUCCUGUGUAAUGCAUAUUCUGUGACUAUCCCCAGAAAUCCCUCACUUGUACUGACCAAACUUAAUAAAGACUUUUAAUAUCCU